CCACACACGCGAAGAAUACGUUUCCACAUGGAUGCUUUUUGGCAUCGGAGCUGAAGCGGGGGAGAGAGGCGGGCGGAGGGCUGGAGGGUGGAGACAGAAGGAUAAGGAAGAUAGAAGGACAGAAGAAUCCAUGAAUAGGAGCGACAGCACCACAGGGAUAAAAGAAGAGAACAAAAGAUGGAGUCAGAGGAAAAUCUGAUCAACACUUCUCUGCUUCUGCUGCUGCUUUCAAGCUACAUCACCAUGGUUGGUCCAUCGGUUCCGGAGGACGGUUGGCAGGUCUACAGCUCCGCCCAGGACACAGAUGGCCGCUGUGUUUGUACUGUUGUUGCCCCACAACAGACCGUCUGCUCCCGGGACGCGCGAAGCAAGCACCUGAGACACCUACUGGACAAGGUGCAGAACAUGAGUCAGUCCAUCGAGGUUCUGGAUCAGCGCACACAGAAGGAUCUGCAGUUUGUGGAGAGGAUGGAAGUUCAGCUGAAGAACCUGGAGAACAGUUUCAAACAGCUGGAAGAAGGACAUGAGAGUAACAUUGUCCGGCAGUACAAGUCCAUCAAGACAAAGAUGGAGGAGCUGCGUCCUCUGAUCCCAGUCCUGGAGUCCUACAAAGCCGACGCUCUGCUGGUUCGGCAGUUCAAGGAGGAGGCGGCAAAUGUAACCGAGCUUCUGGGAUCCCUCCAGGAACAGCUUGGUGGGCUGGACUAUCAGGAAGUCCACAGCAGAGUUUUGGAUCUGGAGGACCGCCUUCGAGCUUGCAUGCAGCGGCUUGCCUGUGGAAAACUGACGGGCAUUUCAGAACCGGUAACAAUCAAGACUUCGGGAUCCAGAUUUGGCUCGUGGAUGACUGACCCGCUCGCUCCCCCUGGAGACAACAGGGUUUGGUACAUGGAUGGCUACCAUAACAACCGCUUUGUCCGAGAAUAUCCAUCAUUACAUGACUUCAUGAAUUCAGACAACUUCACGUCUCACCGCCUCCCACACCCGUGGUCUGGAACUGGUCAGGUGGUGUAUAAUGGCUCCAUUUACUUCAACAAGUUUCAGAGUCACACCAUCAUCAAGUUUGACUUCAGCACUUCACUGAUCAGUCGCUCGCGGCAGCUGGACUUUGCUGGCUACAACAACAUGUACCACUACUCCUGGGGCGGUCACUCCGACAUUGACCUCAUGGUGGAUGAGGGAGGGCUCUGGGCGGUGUACGCAACCAAUCAGAACGCUGGCAACAUUGUUCUCAGCCAGCUCAAUCCAAACACCUUACAAAUAAUCCGCAGCUGGACCACCAACCACCCAAAACGCAGUGCAGGCGAGGCUUUCAUGAUCUGUGGAACGCUGUACGUCACCAAUGGAUACUCAGGUGGAACCAAAGUGUACUAUGCAUAUUCGACCAACACCUCCACGUAUGAAUACAUCGACAUCCCUCUGACCAACAAAUACAGCCACCUGUCAAUGCUGGACUACAACCCCCGGGACAGGGCGCUGUAUGCCUGGAACAAUGGACAUCAGGUUUUGUACAACGUCACGCUCUACCACAUUAUCCAAUGAAAAGGUCACCAAACUUGCCAGAACCAGGCUCUGGUCGACCGGGUUGAGGACCACAAUGCCUGUAUUUAAAUGUAGAACUCAUGUGUAUUGGCUAGACAUAUUAGUGACGCAUAGUCCAGAGAAGACUGAGCGAAUUAAGCCACAUCGGUGAGCACAGUCAUGAUCAGAAGACACUCUAUGAAAAGCACAGCAGCUUGUCAGAGAUUUUGUCCCAUGUAAGUUUGGUUUUGUCAGUUUCGGUACCUUCACCUGACACAGAGUGCUCACCUGACUGAAGGAUACUUGGUGCUUGGUGUUUGCCAGGGGAAGCAUGGUGUGAUACCAUACCAAAUGGUGAUGUCACAGCACAUGCUUCCUCCUCGGUACGACCCAAGUUCACAGCAGCAGAUACUUCAUAGCAUGACAUUUUUACUUGUUUACUUGCAAAAAUGAAAAACAUUUUUUGUCACUGAUCACAAUAGUUCCGAUAACCAAUGCAAUACAGGUUUUUUGAGAGCAAAAUUUGCCUGCCAGCUGAAAUGAAGUUUACAACAUGUUUACAGCAAUAUGACCAAUAUAUGUCAACAGCUUUUGUAUUUUUAAAGAUCUUAAUGUGACAGCCAUAUUCGAUAAACGUUUGUCUUUCUCUUGUGGCUUGAAAGGAUAUUUGUGACAAUAAAGUAACUGAUGGUGGAUGUCAUUGUACAUGAACUUUGAAAAAUAAACCAUUUUGAAAAGCA